AAGAGGUUUUGCUUUUAAUACAUUUGUCCAUACGUUUUACCUUCUACAUCAGUGUGGUGGAGUGAGAAUGUUUUCGUCACACGAACAGCGAAAAUGUGUAGGAACUAUUAUUUUUCGCCGGGUUGUCGCAGUCGGGUUGAAUUCGCAGAAGGACCUUAACAGUGACAGGAGGCGUGAUAGCAACGUUCGUAUACUUGAGGAAAGUUUAAUUUUGUCCUGCAUUAAAACGUUACACUGACUUAACAGCACUUAAGAUAAGUUUUCUUUCUGUAAUGGAUGCCCUGCAAAGGAGAGUGAUCAGUGAGGACACUGUUCAGUACAAACUCUUCUCGAUCCAAACAGAUGGUCAGUCUUCUCAGAAAACAGAGGGACAUCUUUCACAUCUAGUUGAGGAGAUCUUUGCAAAUAUUGCUCCACUCUUGGUUCAGUACAUUUGGCAGCAUCAGUCAUUCAAUCUUAAGUAUCAUCCAGAGCAAGGAGAUGUCCCUGCUCACAUUGGAGGCAGCACUCAGUUUGGUGACAACGUAGACGAUGAGUGGUUUAUUGUUUACCUCCUGCAGAAGAUAACACAGAGUUUCCCAGAGCUUGCAGCCAGAGUUGAGGACAAUGACGGGGAGUUUCUUCUGAUUGAAGCUGCAGAUUAUCUCCCUAAAUGGCUUAAUCCAGACACCAGUGAACUCAGGGUGUUUCUCUAUAAGGGAGAAUUGCAUAUUCUUCCCUGUCCAUCCAAAGCUAAUCCAGUCGGCAUUUUAAAGGAUGUGGUACCCAGUGUGGCACAAGCCCUCAUGUUGCUCUCCACACACCCAGACGCCUGUCGAGCAAGUCCGAAGAUUUGUUCAGUGCUGAGGAAACGUCUUGAAGGAUACCCAGAGAAGAUUAAAACCAGUCUCCACCGUGCCCACUGCUUCAUACCAGCGGGUAUUGCCCAGGUGUUGGCACAGCGGCCUGACCUGGUCGCCCCUGCAGUAUCAGCUUUUUACCUGCGGGAUCCAGUAGAUCUGCAGGCAUGUCGGAGCUUCAAGACCUUUCCCGCUGAUACAAGAGUCCUCACCACGGUGACAUUCACCCGUUGCCUGUAUGCUCAGCUGCAGCAGCAACACUUCACACCAGACCGAAGGAGCGGCUUCACUCUGCCUCCUCGCUCUCAUCCUCAGCACAAAGCCCAUGAGCUUGGCAUGAAACUGGCACAUGGCUUUGAGAUCCUGUGCUCCAAGUGCAGACUGCCUUCAUCUGAACCCGACGCCCCCGUCAGCUGUAACCCUCAGUGGAAAGGCUUCAUGGACAGUCUGAAGAGAAACGGCUAUUUCCGGGGAGAACUGGAGGGUUCCACACAUUGGAGAGAGCUGACCAGAUCCGCAGAGAAUUUUUUCAAACAGUCAGUUGCCUUGAAAUCGAGUGCUUUGUCUCCAGGUGAGGAGGUUCUCCUUCUUCUACACAGCUGCAAUGCAUUCAGCUUGGAGGAGCUGAAGAAACAAGAGUCAUAUCUCCCCCAAGAGGACAGCGACAGCUGGCUGGACAUCACAGCUCAGGAUUUGGAGCGUAUGUUGCAGGAGAGGAGUUGGGGGAACGCUCAUGUUUGCAGCCAGAAUUCGAGCUCCGCCAAACAGACGCAGCAUGUCAGCGGUGCAAAGGAGACGGAGGAAAAGGAGAAGGAGGAGAAAGAGGAGAAGGAGGAGGCAACUUACAGCCUGAUAGCAGUCAGCCAGGGGAUGAAGAACUUCCUCAGUGCUGUAUCGUCACAUGAGGGUGCUGAACUGCCCUGGAGCAGCUCAACUAAUCCUUUUGGUUUCGAACCAGAUGCGAUGGCAAAUGCCUUUGACAGACUGCUGGGAAGUAAAGAAGAAGAAGAGUUAGAUUCAGAUGAUUUAGAUGAUGAUGACGAGGAGGAAGAAGAAGAGGACGAGGAAGAAAAACAAGGUGGUCAUGCUGAGAAAAACGGAGCAGAAAGUUUGGGCGGUUUGAGAAAAUACAUGGACCAAAUGGAUCAAGAGCUGAUGAGUACUAAUAUAGGAAAGAGCUUCAGUCAAAGUAAUAACAACAAGGCAGACUCCGCUCAUCUCUCUGCCACAGACGGUUUCCUCGGGGAGGGGGGAGCGGAGGAGGUGGAGGAUGAGGAGAUCCAGCCUCUUGACGUGGACUUAAACCUGAUCACAAACCUGCUCGAGUCCCUCAGCUGCCAGGAAGGGCUGGCUGGACCGGCCUCCAACCUGCUGCAGAGCCUGGGUUUGCACCUUCCACCCAACUCUGAUUCAUGUAACAAACAAGAAGUAACUCAUGAGUGAGAAGAGACUUAAAUGGAGUGAAAGUGGAGUGUUUCCCAACCCUGGUCUUCGUAGACCCCUGUCCUGCAUGUUUUAGAUGCUCCAACACACCUGAUUGAUUUCAUCAACUUAACGUCUUCAGUUUUUGAGAUAUUACCAUAGAUGCAGGCGAAGACUGAGCCGUAUGACGUUAUGAGCGUCACAGGCCUCCGCUGAUUGAUCAAAUUUCUUAAUUAUGUUUUCUGUGAUGUAGCUGGAUCUCUGCUGAUUGGAUCUCUGCUGGGUGAAAUGCAGCUGUUUAGAUCUCAGUAAUGCAGUUUUGGAUGUCUGGGGAAGUUAAAAAUCUAGUUCUUUGCCUGGCAAAGGUGUAGUUUGUAUGUCAUUUUUCUGAUGCUCAAAAAGCACAGCUAACUGGUUUCCUGCAGUAUUUAAUAACAAAAAUCAAUCAUUUGUGAUCAUCAUCAACUGGCUUUGUUUUCUUUUACUGUGAUAGCAUUCGUAGCUACAUCACCAGCCCCAGCUUUUAUGGAUGUUUAAUUUGUCCCGUGGAGUUUUCACUGUAGCCAAACAUGGCUUUGUUUACAUGAAUUCACUGUAAAGCUGUUUACUUUCAGACAGCAGGCACUGAAGAAGUUUCCCAUUAAGUGUUUGCAAAAACCUUUUAUUUCUUUUUUACAGAUUAUACAUGUGCACAAAAACAAAAAAGCAGACAUUUCAGAUGCUUGAUUUCCUAUCAUGGGGUUAUAUUUCUAGCAGUGCAUAAAUAAGUGCAUUUAUCUUUGGUUUUGGUUGCACUGUACACACACAUACGGACAUUCAUAUCCACGUCGCCAUGAAUCUUUAUGACAAGUUGUUUUAUCGUUUUGUUUGUUUGUUUUUCUUCAUGCCGAUUCCCUGGGAUACAUGUCUUUAUGUAUUGUUUUUUUUACAGCACUUGCAGUGAGUGGGUAGAAA